GUCAUGAGUCCUAGGACAAGCUUUGAGAUAUGAAAUCGGAUUGACAUUGUCUACGGUAGUGCAUGUGAGGCGACAUGUUAGCGGUAUCGAAAAUACAUGGAGUGGUACCGGCCCCACUUACAUUUCUCGAUGACCAAAGCUUGGUGCCCCGCGCUCUGCCCCUCCAAAGUUUCCUGCACCUACAUUGACUUUGAGAUUGACAAUCCGACAAAAGAACAACCACUAGCAUCACCAAAUCCAUGAGCAAAAGACCAGCGUCCAGCGAGACCUCUGACCUCUCAACCACCUCGAAACGUCCCAAACCCCCUUCCAACAUCACCAUGUCCCUCGAGCGCAUCCCCCUCGAACAUAUUCCCCCAAACUACAGGGUAUACGGAGCUCUGGUUCGCGACGUAUCCAACGCUCCCUUUCUCCAAACCCAGCUGAUUUCCCGCAACCCCGAAUUCGAAUACGCCUUUAUCGAUGCUUCUACCAUUGUCUCGCGCGCCCAUAUCCUCGCAGCUGUCUGGAACGCAGUCUAUAGCUCGGUGGAAGGAAACUUGAGGACGCCAAAUGUGCACUCCGAAGUGGUGGCUUCCCUGAAUAUCAACAACAAUAUUGCCGACGGGUACAGACGAUGGGGUAUAACGUCUGACACCACCAAGGACUUGGUCGUGGUCAAGAUUCUCUCCUCGCCCGAACCGCUACCACAGGCCGAGCAAGAAAAUGAAGCCGAGGAAGUCUUGUCACAUCUAACAUCGCAGAUAGAGGGACGACUGGUAAGAUUAACAGACCAGGAGAUCGCAGAAGUCACGGACUGGCAAAAAGUCAGGAAAUAUUACAAGCUGAAUGGAGUUCCAGUCUUGGACCAGACAAAAGAUGAGGCGGUAAAAAGGAAAAAGAUGGAGAGCAUGGCCAUCAUGGGCAUGGCGCUGAGGGGACUGUAGGAAAAAGAGAAAUGAUACCCAGUCGUUUAGCAGUCAUGAUCAUUAUCUCGCUAUCUCAUCUCAGUCUAGGUCAUGUUGGGUUUUGGUUAAAUCAACAACUCAGGCCAAUCCAAACAACGACUUGAGCCUCCUCAAGACCUCGGCCCUCAUGGCGUCUCUCGACCCAACUGUGCGCUGCACCGCAUCUCUGUUCUCGUACGCUCGCCUCAGCAGAUACUUCAUGCACUCUCCUGUUGAACCCCACACCAAGUACUUCUGCGCAAAUGCUACAUCGUUGGUCUUGCUCUCGUGCUGCAGUAUUCUCUUUGCCCUGACCACGGAAUCUCUGUUGUGGGUAGCCACUACCAUGGACACGUCUGGAAACUGACCCUCUCCCUUCAACGGUCCUACUUGCCAAUCCCUUUUGAGCAACGCCUCCGCAAUACCGUCGUAUGCCUUGUCUGUGUCCUCCUUGGUGUCGUGUAUCAGCUGCCUUGGGUCGCUCCCCAGGUACGCGCCUCUGACCAGUUUGACGCCCAGUACGAACCCCUUCUUCUUGGCUUCCUGUAGAUGUUGACUUAACGUUUCGGGAGUCGACUUGAGAUAAGCCUGAUAUGUCCCAUACACCACCGGCUGGGUUCUGUUGUACCUCUCCAUAAACUCCACCGUCCACUUGUCAAUUCCGCCCUGGACGGCGGCUUGCUCAGCGUCGAAUAGCAACCUGACACUCCUUGACUGGGCCAAUACACAUAUGCUCUCGAUCGCCUUUUUCAGCUGUGGUGAGGGAUCCGCCCCCUGCCGUAGACACUGCAAUGCCAGCACGCCCGCCCCGGUAAAUUUGAGGGCCACAUAAUCCCCCCUGUUGGCCAGUAGCACGGUCAUGAGCGUCCCCUGAGCCCAGCUGUCAAUCUCCUCCAUGUCGACCUUGGUCUCUUCCGCAACAUGCUUUGGCAAAGAACCAGUUCCCUCCUGUCCAUGCGGGGUGACGACCUCUUUGGCAUAGCCCAAAAUCACCCCUUCAAACCCCACGUCUUUGAGGCCCUUGAUCGUCCUGGCUACCUCGGCAGGCUGCUCGCCGGCGCAGAAUUGGGCAUAAAACGUCUUCUUCAGCAGAGCUCGCAACAGUGGGUUUGAGUCAGGGUUGAGAACUGGGUUGGUUGUAUGGGCCAGCAUGGACAUGAUGGCCAGUGAGGGAGGUAAGAAGAAUGGCGACGAGGAUAUCGUGGCCGUCAUCCAUGACCUGAGCACGGUGGCCAGAGGUAAGACUGAGAGAGGCGCCGGUUUUGGUGGCCCCAUACCGGCGCCUUGUGGUUGGUGGUGAUGCUGAUGAUUGGGGAGCAGUGACGGCGAUGGUACUCCUGAUAGUGUCAGGUUGCUGGAUGGUGACGACUGUGUAGAGGAGUAGUGUAGUGAUCGAGUUGAUGUGGAUGAUGACUCUCUGGAAGGAAUUAGUAUGAUGUUGUGGCGGCCGCACCGCACAGGGAAACCUGCUUGUCCGCUGGAGUUGAUUGCAGCGAUCGACCGUCUCUUGGACAUGCUCCAGGGCAGAAGCAUGCCAGGCAAAGGCCUGGGGAGCGAUGCCAUGGUCACCGGCCUGCUAAGAGAUGCUCUGGCUGAGAGGUCGCGAGCAAGAUGGUCUCAAUGACGCAGGCAGCAAAAAGCACCAGCAAGUUGAGAUGAAAUCCAAAGUCAAUUGAUGGCCAGGUUACGCUACGUCCACCUUAUAUCAGAGACAAGCUCCCCGGUAUCGCACAUGCAGUGACGCAGUCCGGCCAGGUUUCCAUUGAGUUUUGAUAGUGGUUCAUUCCAGAGCCGACCAAUCCCCUCUGAUACCCCUCGAAGCUGCUGCACUCGCUGAUUUGCCGUUCGAUCUCGGACGCCUCCUUUGUCAAGCUUUCCGUUCGCUGCAGGCAUGAUGUUAUCGUCGGUCCCUUAUCAACCGGCGGCCCCCCACACCCCCUGCCAAAGGCCGCCGGUAGCCGCAAAUGCGGGCAAGUGUGGGGAAAGGGACCACUGCCGUCAUCGACGAAUUGGCCCCGCCCCUCUGCUCCCACGCGGGUCUCGAUUCAUUCCAGUCGAGCUGCCAGUCCUGCCAAGCUCCCUAGCGCUCCUGAAUGCCCCUGUGGACGGCUUUCCAUGGCCCCUGGACAGUCCCGACUCCUUCACCGCGGACGUCGCAAGCAGCGCCAUCCCCAUGACAAAGCCCACGCCAGCGGCUUCGGAGAGCGGUUGCUAUCGGCGCUCAUAGAAAGACGUCAAUUCCAAUUAUCCGAUCCAGUGACCAGCCGCGCCAAUUGAGGAGGCUGACUGGGUCAUGUGGUUUCGUGGUGCGCCGUGGCCAUGCAGCUGGGUGAUCCCUUUCCCGACAAGGGCCGAAGCGGAAGUACCCUUCUCGUGGUGUGUUGAAGCUUGCCGCCCCUCCCUGGUGCGAACAACGGUAUAAAGGAGCCUGGCAAUCAACACUGUGGCGGAUACAAGAGUGCUCAUGCCUUUUGCUUCAAGGUCCUGAUCUUGCGCUUGAUAUACUCGACGUACUGCAGACGGCGGCCCCUCUUAGCCGCCAGGAUGUCUUGUAUUCCGCCGUAGAGGGUACCGACCACGAGGGCUGUCUUGGUG